AUGCCUACCUGCUGCCAACGUCGGUCCAGCAGCCGUGCCGACGAGCCAGAUCCAGUCCAAGCUCCGCACAGGCCCCCGCCGGAGUUUCCCGACGAUCCGCCGCCGUCGCGCCGUUUCCGGCACAGCCUAGACCAGGAGGGUUCAACCCUCCCUGAUAUCGUCGGCCAGGAUCAUCUCCUUCCUCUGCUCCGCUUCCCAGCGCCGCCAGAGAAGGCCGAUCCUUCUGGUGACGGUUGGGGCUUCCACCCAACCGCCAACGCUCGGCAUUCCCGCUGAAGCGUCGCUGACGCUCGGCCUUCCCGCCGAAGCGCUGCUGACGCUCGGCAUUCCUGCCGAAGCGCCGCUGACGCUCGGCAUCCCACCGAAGCACCGCCGCAACGCGCACCCCGCGCGCCGGCUCCUGCGGCCCGUGCGCCCACCGGCGCCGCCGCCCGUGUGCCCUAA